UUAAUCCGGUUGGUGACUGAUCGGUACAGGAGCGGAUUAGAUUAACGGCUCCCUGAGGACAGCGGCAGAUGGUUACCCUGGCAACCCGGUGGCCCCGCCUCUGUGUUUAGGUUAACGAAGCCCCGCCUCUCCCCGUCCGCGUGCUGCACUGACUCUUCAGACCGCGGAGAGGAACGUCGCAAGCCGCAACGGAUCCGUGCGGAGACGCAGACACCGGUUACCUGUUGGGUUGGACGGGUUUACGUCGCUGCUGACGCCGCUGACUGGUGGUGAAACAUCUUUAAGAUGGAGGAGCUUCAUGAUGUCCAGCUGACUGAGAUCAAACCACUGCUGACAGGACAGAACGGAAGUAACCUGCAGGAUUUUGACUGUCAGGAACACGACGUGGAGACGUCCCACGGCGUGCUGCAUGUAACCAUGAGGGGCGUUGCUAGGGGCAACCGACCCACAAUCCUCACCUUCCAUGACAUCGGACUCAACCAUAAAUCGUGUUUCAACAGCUUGUUUAACUACGAGGACAUGCAGGAAGUGACUCAGCACUUCUCUGUGCUGCAUGUGGAUGCUCCUGGUCAGCAGGAGAACGCUGCUGUGUUCCCCACCGGGUACCAGUAUCCCAACAUGGAUGAACUGGCUGAGAUGCUGCCGUCCGUCCUCACGCAGCUGCAGGUGAAGAGUGUGAUCGGUAUUGGUGUUGGAGCUGGAGCCUGCAUCCUGACUAAACUAGCUCUCACCCAGCCCAGUCUGGUGGAAGGUUUGGUUCUGAUCAACAUCGACCCGUGUGCCAAAGGUUGGGUGGACUGGGCCGCCUCCAAGCUGAGCGGCUGGACGAGCAACCUGGUGGACAUCAUCAUGGCACACCACUUCAGCACCGAUGAGUUAACGGAGAACAAGGAGAUCAUUCAGACCUACAGACUCCACAUCUCCCAGGACAUUCCGCAGGAGAACCUGGCCAUGUUCUACAACAGCUACGACAGCCGGACCGAGCUGCAGAUGGAGCGCCCUGUCCUGGGUCUGAACGAGAACACCGUCCACACCCUCAGGUGUCCCGCUCUGCUCGUUGUUGGAGACACGUCCCCGGCAGUCGAUGCUGUGGUGGAGUGCAACUCCAGACUGGAUCCUACCAAGACCACCCUGCUCAAGAUGGCCGACUGUGGAGGACUUCCUCAGGUGGUUCAGCCUGGAAAACUAGCAGAAGCCUUCAAGUACUUUGUCCAGGGGAUGGGCUACAUGCCCACAGCCGGAAUGACCCGGCUGGUCCGCUCCAGGACCCACUCAGCCUCCAGUGUCGGGUCCACAGAGGGCGUCCGUAACCGCGGCGCCACCAACCCGCUUCCAGAGGGGGCCGCCUGCACCAGCCCCCAGCCUCCAGCAGCACCCACCAUCCAGAUGACGGCGUAGAACCCUCUGGUUCUGCUAGCUGGCUCAACAAUGCAGGUUCUCCACCCCUCCCUCACAAGCUGUUUGGGUCCGAACCAUCUCAGCCAUCGUUCUUCCUGAAGAACUCAAACGCAGCACGGUGUCCUAAACGUUCUGGUGAUCGCAGUGAUCUGGUUCUGUUCUUGGUUUCUACUUUUACCCUCGCCUCCACGGAGCCCAGGUGUUGCCACGGCAACGCUCUAGCCUCGGCUCCGUGGGUUUAUAUUUAUACGGUUGUGUUGUUGUUCUGACGCUUUUACUUUUCCUUCGCUGCGGUUCUGAUCCAUGUUUAAUAUUCUGACUCGGUCGGUAUCAGAUGAACUCUGGGAUGAGCGCAGGUUAACGUUUCAGCUGAGCCGUGGACCCGGCUCAAACGCCGCCGCCUAAAACCCGGUUUAGUUCCAGAACCAGCUGCUGACCCAAACAGAUCAGUGACCUCGUUUUCCUGGUUUUACAUUUCAUUCCCGUUAUUCCGGGGCUACAGAAGCUCUUCCUGCACGACCGUCUAGUUUUGAGACGGAGGAUCUUCGACCCGUUUGCUCUUCCUGAACCCGCGCGGACGCGGUGCCGCCCGUUAGCAUGCUGUUUGUAGCGCUGUGGCAUGUAGACGUGCUGUGGUUUCAGUCCGGUGAGUCACUGAUGUUCUGCUGUAAUCCUGCUUUUGUCUACAAACACACGGACCUGGAGGUUAGAGGUCACGCUCACAUCAGCCCGGGUCGGGGUUACACCCAGAACGCAGCCCCAACCCAACAGGACCGCCGUGUUCCUCUGAAGCUCCGUGACUUUCCUCCAUGUUUUUAUUUAGUGUAAACAGUUUGUAAUGAAAUAAAACUGAUUAACGAGCA